UAAUCCAGAGAUGUCGAAGGGGUGGGGGGGAAUAGAGAGAGAGAUUCUUCCCUAAUAGAUGGGCGCACGAUUCAGAAGAGGGGUUUUAUCUGUUGAGUAUAAAGGGACCUACGCAUCCCGACUUGAUGUUCUAAUUAGCGCCGCCGCGGCUGUUGUCGGCUGCAUCUGGCGGCUCCACGCCACAUUGCCUAACAUGUCGGGCGCACUCAACCCGUCAAACGGUGUCAAUCGCUUUCACGCUAGCUCGGCCACGGCGGCGCCGCCUCCUAACGCCGCCGCAACUCCUUUUGCCACACCUGAGUGUGGAUCGAGUGCGGCAGCCUUUCUAGAACUCACCAACUCUGCCGCGGCUGCUGCCGUUGCCGCCGACUUUGCCUACGAUUUCGGACUUGCUGGAUUUCGACAUCAUCACCAGCCACCACCCGCACACACCACCGCUACAGGAGGUUUCACUUAUUUCGAUACAGCCGCUGCAGCUGCUGCGGCCGCCGAAAGUUACGCUUCACUCGCCUGGGAAGCACAGAGUGCAGCGGCCCUUGCAGCCACCUACCAGGGUCACCACCACCAUCACCAGGCGGGGUUCGCGUCCUGCGAAUUCGGACCGUUCUCCUUGAGUGCCACCAAUCCAGGUUGUGCAGGUGGACGCCUCACAGGAAUGGGUGUCCAGCGACUCGGUCCUCCCUCCCGCGCUGUCUCCAACGGGGCAUCCAUUAAGUCCAAGACAAGGAGACGAGUGGCGACCAUCGCACAGCGUCGAGCAGCCAACAUCAGGGAGCGUCGGCGGAUGUUCAACCUCAACUCGGCCUUCGACAAGCUUCGAAAGAAGGUUCCGACCUUCGCUUAUGAGAAGCGGUUGUCCCGGAUCGAGACCUUGAGGCUGGCCAUCAUGUACAUCGCUUUCAUGACGGAGGUCAUCCGAGGGAAUAAAGAUCCAGAUGGUCACCAUCACGAUAUCCCACUGGUAGCGGCAGGACCGUACACCCCUGGACUCUCAGAAAAUCAUUUGUGGACACCACCCCAUGGUGCGUCUUCUCUGAACGAUGCUCAUGCUCAGAGAACGGACAGACUAUCUCACAUAUGUUCUCGACAAAUUUAAGUGCAAUAAAAUG